CAAUUUUUAACCGACGAUUAUACGUUAACUUUUUAAACUGUUUGCUUACAGUGUCGAUUCCCAGUCUGUACACAAAACACCUUUUGGCUAGACGUGAACCGCUACAACAGCCCAAUACAUAAUGCGAUACAGGUGCACUCUAAUCAUUUGGUUUUCAAGCUAAUGGAGUAAUAUAUAUGAUAUCGAUGUCUGAACUACGAUGGUAGUUCAUAUAAAUGUGAAAAUCCGACCUACCUGAAUUAUGACUAUAUAUUCCUGCGAACAAUUUGGAAAUACUAAUGCUCAAUAACUAAUGGUACAAUCACCUAUUAACCUUAAUGGUUCACUGACGCUCUGGAACUUGGAUAAAUCGCAAGAUUUUUUAUCUGAGGAAAAAUUCGUACAAAUUUGUGGGUGAUAUUAGAUGUAUCAUUAACUGAAGUUGACUUUUCAAUUUGUUCCAAUGCCUACCUUAUCUCAAUAGUUAACUUACAUUGUUAUCUGUUGUAAUUAUAACAUAAUACAAUAAAGUGAAUAGUGACAGUGCUACCUUGUCGAUAAUGGAUACAUUAUUCAUUAGUUCAACAUUUGAUUCAUUUGAUGUUCUGUAUACGUUACUAUUUGGACUUCUUGUAUUUUGCAUUAUGGCACCGACUACAGAGUUUAUUUCUGCUGGUGUAACAUUAGAGAAUUUGUUUAAUCGAUUUCUUGGUAAUGAAAGUUUAUACUUUGUACAGUAUCAUUUAAAAAGAACUGUAAUGAUACGAUUAUUUUCAUCGUCUUUGAUCUUUCUGUAUUUUGUGUUCAUGCAGUGUUUGUCCAAAAAUGUAGCGAUUUCUGCUCCAAAUGUUUCAUUUCCAUUUACAAUUUGGGAUGUAAUUUUAUGGAUUGGCAUAGGCAGUCUAUCUGUCAUUGGGUCACAUACUUAUCUAGUUUGGUAUGGAUCUGGUACAUGGUAUGGCCACCCAACAAUUUUAUCAUUGAAACGGAUUAUUAUGGAAUCACUACCUGAUUCACAAUUGUCAUCUUCAGCCACAGCAUCAUCAUCCUUGUCAAAUGGCGCAUUUAGUGUCGCUAUAAAAGCUUUGAUAUCUUCAAUAAAUUCUGAAUAUCAACGUUCUGAUAAAUUCGUAGCAGGUCAAGGAAGUUUAUCAACUAAUUGGUCAGGUCGACGAUUUGUUAUCACAGAUUCAUGGAUUUUAACUUCACGUUUUACUGAAUUCAAAAUACUUAGACAAUCUUCGGAAAAUAUGUUAGCUGUUGUUGUUUCAGCAUUUUCAGUGCUGGACCCAAGCUCUCUAACUCAAGGUGGUCAACCUGACGGAGAAAGUCUCGGUGUGCAAACAAUUGUUACAGUGAGAUUUAUACGUACAGAUACAGGAGUGUGUUUGCUUAGUUUUGGAUUGCCAGCAUCAAAUUUAGAUGAGUUACGCAGUAAAUUACGUUUCCCUUUAAUACAAGCACAAGGUGUACAAUUAGAGCCAACAAUUAUUCAAAGAUUUAUUGAAGCAUUUACACAAGUAGUUGAUGAAAAUCAACCGGUAAACCUACCAGCUGGCUAUAAAACGUUUGAAUGAACAUAUUUCAACAGCAAAACGUAAACUGUCAGAAUUACCGGUGUUUUGAAAAUAGCUUCGUUCUCAAUUUUUUGGCAUUUUCUAAUCCUUAAACAUUUUAUUCCCAAAAAUAUCGAGUUGGAACAGUGCAUUGGAUGUAUGGUACAACAAGUUAAUGUCACUUUAAAUCGUCAAUGCGAAAGUUCACUCACCCCUUCUUCAUCAUCAGCAGCAAUUAAUAGUAAUCAAUCAUUAGAUAGUAAUCAAUGCGGUAUAUGUUAUUGUAGACCGUUAUGGUGUUUAGAAUGUUUAGCACGUUGGUUUGCUUCAAGACAAACAAAUAUGCGGUGUCCACCAACUCAAUGGCUUUCUGGACGUGUACCUUGUCCAACAUGUCGUACAUAUUUUUGUGCUCGUGAUGUGUCACGACUUAUUAUUUCUCAUCGACAAUUGGACUGAGAUCUGUUGUACUUAACAGGUAACAUCAGAAAAUGUGAUUCAUUUGUGAUACCAAUCGGUUUUCCCCUUUUCCUUCACUUGAACAAUUCAAACAUAUAUAUAUAUAUAUAUGCUCUGUCCUACCGUCUUUCUACCUGUCCUUCAAAUGACUUGCUCUUGAUUGUUUUGUUACCUCAGUAACUAUUGAGUAAAAACUGGUUUCUUUAUCGUCUCCCAUCCUAUUAUUGGGGUGUUCUUUUCUUCAUUCUCGUUUUUGGUCUCUUAUUUUGUUCCUAAUUUUUAUAAUUCCUAACAUGUUUGUAGUGUAUAGUGGGUUAAACAAGUUGUGUAUAAUAAAUUGAUUACAAAAGCACUUCAGGUUUUUUCCGUCAAGUAAAAUGAGCAAUUUUCGUUUGUCUGUGUUGAUUAGUUAUUUUUUAUCAUUGGAGGGAUUUUGUGGAGGUUGAUUUAAUUUUUAGGUUGUAUUUGCUAUAGAUUGAUCUGAGUUGAUGUAUUAUUGGAACCAUGGAGCACUGGGUAACUGUUUUCUUCUAGCAUGGGAUUCAUUAACAGUAUGCACCUAUGACCUCAUUAGGAGUCGAAUCCAACGGUUUAGAUCCCAUACUAAGCCAAUUUAGCCGCCUAUAGCUUCCUGGCUUUCGGUGGUAUUCCGAUUGAGAUUAGUGUGCAAUAUAAAUGA